AUGUCGAAAGUGACAUUCGCUAUCAUCGCAGCAGGCGGUGCGGCAGCCGGCGCAGCUGCAACAGCCGCGCUGCUUUCCACAAAGAAAGAGCCUCCGCGUCCCACAGUCACAACAACCACAACAACCGUGACCGGCCCACCACGGCCAGUAUCCUCCGUGCCAGCCAUCCCCACCCCGGCCGCCGCCGCUCGCAAAGCCCUCGUCGACCCCAAUGGCAUCUUCCAAUACGGAUUCCCCGGCCCCGUAAACGACCUCCGCCCCGCCGCCUCCCUCACCUCCACCUACGACCGACGCACGCGCAACCCAGCGUGGGUUGCCGAACACAUCACGCCCGAGUCGCUCGCCCACAGCAACGCCGACCGUAAACACAGCGUCUUCGUCGAGGACAUCUCGAUCCCCGAGAUGUUCCGCGCCAAGCUGAAGGACUACUUCCGCAGCGGCUAUGACCGCGGCCACCAGGUGCCCGCGGCCGACGCAAAGUGGAGCCAAGAAGCCAUGGACGACACGUUUGCGCUGAGCAACAUGUGUCCGCAGGUGGGCGACGGGUUCAAUCGCGACUACUGGGCGCACUUUGAGGACUUUUGCAGGAGGCUGACACAUACCUAUCCGUCGGUUAGAAUUGUGACCGGCCCGCUGUAUCUACCCAAGCGUGAGCAGGAUGGCAAGUGGCGCGUGAGCUACGAGGUUAUUGGGAACCCGCCGAAUGUGGCGGUGCCGACGCAUUUCUACAAGGUCAUUUUCGCCGAGGAUGGGAAGCUGGGGGGCAAGGUGGCGCUGGGGGCGUUCGUGCUGCCAAAUGACCGCAUCGCGAACACCAAGCCGUUGACGGACUUUGAGGUGCCGAUUGAGGCGGUGGAGAGGGCGAGUGGGCUGGAGUUUGCGACGAAGCUGGCGCCGGAGAGGAGGAAGAGGUUAUGUCAGGAAGUUAGCUGCUCGACGGUUGUCAAGGAGUAUGCGCAGAGGCAGAAGAGCUUCGGUAAGGGACAGUAA